CUCGCGGUUGUCAGCUGCUGAAUGAAAAUAACAGUGGCCAUUUUGCGCAUGAAGCCGCGGCAUCAUUCACUUAAUAGCCAAACGGAAACGGAAGAUUCUGACCAUUUCUGGACGUAGGUGGUUCGGCAGAGUUUAUCAGCACCGCGGUGCGGCUGGCGCGCCUGUCGAGAAGAAAGAGAAGAGGAGGAGGAAGAGGCAUUCGGUGUAAUAGUGUCGCCACUCCGGCUGCUGUUGCGUUUGUUUGGUGAGAAAACGGACUAGGGACAGGUUUCCCCGCCUCACUUUCCUGGGCCUGUUGACCCCCCAUGAGAGAGAGAGGGAGUGAGAGAGGAAACGGUGGAGAAGGAACUACCUUUUAGUUAGCUGAGCUGAUCGAUACCGAGCAGCGUUCAGCAGCGUUGAAAAGCAGGUGUAUGGUUUCAUCACACGGAUGCAGCACCAGCUCGCGCGUAUCGCCUCUCCGCUGCUGCCGAAGUGAGAACUUUUAAUCACCUCGCAUGCUGAGGGGGCUGGUUUCCUGCUCAUAUCUAAGGACUGCGAGGCAGUCGUUUUAAGGCAUUAAACGGGAUACAGUCAGGGAAUAAAGACGGACACCAGAAGGAGACACUUAGCCUGAGAGGGGGAAAAACAGUGGAGGAAGGAAUUAUAACUCACCAGUCAACCUUAUCUGACUUGUGAUAGUUCCCAGCCUUCUGGUUUUAUGACGGACAGUGUGUCCCCCUGCAGUAGAUCAGUAAGAAGUGCUCUUCAGUAUGAAUACAGAUAGUGGAGGAAUUGCAAGAAAAAGCGUGGCCUUGUCACUCAUACUCUCUCCAAUGAAGAGGGUCCAGAGCUCACCAAAUUUGGCCACAGCUAAUGAUUCUCACUCAUCAGAGUUUGAUACUUGGCGGUCCCGCAGCGCUACUGAUGGUUUGAAGAAUGGAGAUGCCAGCAGUUCAUCUCUUGCUGCCAAAGGAUUUCGGAGUGUCAGACCCAACCUACAGGACAAAAAGUCUCCCACACAGGAUGUCAGUCCCUUGCCACAGCCACCCCCCAGGAGAGAGAGCUUUAACCUCUUGUCCAUUGGCACCAAUCCACCGGAAUUCAACCCAAUCAUUGAGCUGCCUAAUGACUUAAGUUCUAGAAGGCUAACAUUCACAAAGAAUGACAAAGCUGUAUUAAAAGAAUCCUACACAGUUAGCAGCACAUCCUCUUACUCUUACUCAGAGACCAGUGGAAAUUCAGUCCAGCAGGUUAAUCAGUCCACAGCUGCAAAUAAUAUGAGCAACCUCAAUGCCUCUGCCACUACCAGCACACAGAAACGUAAGGUUUCUUCACUUAAACUAACCCCAGUCACUAUCCCUGACCCCCCUGAUCACGUUAACCCUCAAUUUGAAGCCCAUUCCAAGAUCCUGACCUCAGGCUCCCUCUCACCAUCUUCUCCACCUCCACAAAUGGCUUCAAACACACCCCAACCCCCAUCACAGAAGGCUUCAGUUUAUGUCCACUUAAAUGCAGAAAAUCUAAAAAAUCCAGCAGCUUUGGCUUCAAAUCCAAGAGUGGAGGUGAAGGUUCCAGAACAAGAUCCAGAUCAGACCUCAACGCAAGUGAAGAUGACAAUGCCUCCUCCUUCUAUUCCACCAAGACCUUCGCCUGCACAACUGUUGGGGCCUCCUUCCCCUGACCCUUCAGCACGGCACUCCCCCUGUCGCUGCCAGAGCUCUGAAUCACUCAACUACCCAUCCAGCUUAAUGCCCAAGGCCUUAUCGUCACCCACCCCAUAUGUUCCUAGCAGAGCUGUUAUGAAAACUGGAGCAAUCAGUGGGCAGAGCGUCGCCUCUUUCAGCAACAUGAGCAUUGGUAGCUGUGUGUCACCAGCGACUUCCCCCGUGACAGUGUCGGCGCUCAGCCACUACUCGUCAUCCACGGCGGGUCUGCUUGAUGAGCUUCACAUCUGUAGCCUGGACUCACCUGGCGCCUCACCCACGCCUUCGCCCACGCUCAGCCAUGUCUCUACCUACAUAUCCACUGCUGGGCCUGAUGAUGUGCUAACAACCUCUGUGGGCUCCACUGCUGCAGCAGCUACUGUCACUAAUGGUCAGGUUCUUUCUCAUGCAAUGAAUGGAAGUUCCAGCCAUCCACAGAGGCCCAUGUCUCCACCAUCAUAUCCUCCUCCUCCUCCAUCACUCCACACAGGCCUCCAGAGACACAGCAGGAGCUCAGAGGGCAGUGAAUCGGUCACCAGGGAGUCUGUGGUUUCAGGUCACACCAGCAUCAGCAGCACAGUGCCCCUCGCUCGCUUCUCAGAAGAAGAAAAGAAGGUGUCCAUCGUUAAAGCCCCGCAUUACGAAGGCAUUGGACCUGUGGAUGAGUCUGGCAUCCCUAUUGCCAUUCGCACGACAGUUGACAGGCCAAAAGAUUGGUACAAAACUAUGUUCAAACAGAUUCACAAAGUUCACAAAGCAGAUGAUGACUACUCUGGCACAUACAAUGCAACAUAUGCUUUCAUAAACAAUGCCGACAACUACAGCACCACCAUGGCCCACCCACCUCCUCGGACACACACAUAUAGACCUCUGUCCAAAAGCCCCUCAGACAACGGUGGGCAGCGGGUUCCUCGGGAGCCCUCACCUUCCCCAGCACCACCACCACCUCCACCAAUGCCCUCCCUCCUGCAGCUUAGGGCCAGAGACAGCGACCGGGACAAAGAUUCAACAGACAUGAAUGAAUGGGGUCCUCCAGACAGGAAAGUGGACACACGAAAGUACCGCGCAGAGCCCAAGAGUAUUUUUGAGUAUGAGCCUGGCAAGUCAUCAAUUCUGGAGCAUGAAAGACCAACCUAUGAUGACAUAGAUUUAGAGAACGAGCCUUGGUAUAAGUUCUUUUCCGAGCUGGAGUUUGGGCGGCCGCCUCCUAAAAAACGUCUGGAUUAUAAUCCAGACAUCUCCACCCGCCAGCGCAUUGAGACGACCCUCCACAUCGCCCCGGCUGACAAGGCUUCAGAGAGACCUGCAAGUGCUGCCAGCGACUACAGGAAAAGAAGGAAGUCUGAGCCAUCAAGUUCACAAGUGAAUGCCCAGUCCCAGAGCAGAGCUGCAACUUCCCCUAGACCAGUGGAUGCCUACAGAUCCAGCAGCAGCCUAAAGAAACCCGUCAUACGUUCCUCACCUUCCUCACCCUCCAGAGCCAAAGGUGGGGACGCAUGCAACAUGUUUUCAAACAGUAUAAGCACCCCAGGUCCUUAUGAGAGUACCUCUCUCCCUCCUCUCCUUUCUGACUCUGAUCAUUGCCACGAGGAUGCCAGCCAGGCAGGCAGCUCUUCCUCAAAACAGUCUGUCUUCUGCACAAACAACUGGCAGGCAAACAGCCAGGAUGAUAAAACAUGGAGCAGUUCAGAGGAACCACCCUCCUCUGGCAAGCUCAAAUCCCGCAGUUGCGAUGACUUGCUUAACGACGGACAUUCUGGUUCUGGUGGCCAAAAUGCCACUCGUUCAGAAAGCGCUGGGUCGUUGAUGUGUGAUGGGAACAUUCCUACGGUAUCAUCCUCUACUCAUUCACUGCCCCCUCUCCAUCGACGACGUGCGCACGAUUCUCCAGGUUUCCUCCAGCUCUAUCGUAAAAUGCACCAGAUUGACCGAGCUCAGCUCAUCCCGUCUGAAGUAAUCCGUUCCGUACGUGCUCGCAUUCUGGAACUAGAGCGCCAGCCUCAUUUGCUUCGCCAUCACCUUUCUCCUUGGAUACCCUCCUGGGGUGUGGAAGUGCCAAGGGACAUGGUGCCAAACCGCAUUUCCGAAUACGAGCGUCUAAUUCAGAAGUCCAAAUCCAUGCCUAACUUGGGUGACGGUGAGGUGCCUUCGGGCACAACAACACCGGGUGGUUCGUCAUCUCGUGCUAGCAGUGGGGGUGGCGUGACUCCCAGUUUUCCAAAACGUCGUUUUUCCAUUGAGUCAUUACUAGAGGAAGAUCCCAAUAGCAACAACAGGACUGUACGUCACAGUAUGGAUCAUAUACCUCGUAGCCCACCGGAGGGACAACCUCGUGUUGGACCCGAGCCCGGACGUGGGAAAUCAUUUUCGGCUCCUCCUGUUCCUCAAGGCCCACAAGCAAAUCCUGACUAUUCUGAUAGUGAACAAGACGCCAUCGCAUCUGAUCUCAGUGACUUCAUCCAGGUGGAGGGUUCUUCAUUUUGCAGUGAGAGUGAUUUUGACCAUUGCUCCCUAACUUCCUCUGAAAGCUUGUAUGGAUCGUCCACCCUCCACCACCACCUUCGUCACCACCACCAUCAUCAUCAAGGUCACCAAAGUCUAGGCCAGAGCCAGGGCUACCAACACCGCCACCUCAUUAGCACUUGCAAGGGCCGCUGCCCAGCCUCAUACACUCGUUUUACGACCAUGCUUCGCCAUGAGAGAGAGCGAGCACGACAAGAGAACCAGAGACAGCAGAGCCGCAACAGCCAUUUCCAAAUUCAGGGCUCGCAGUCUCACCAAGCAAUGUCCAAGCUGGCCUUCUUGGUCAGCCCAGUGCCUUUCCGCAGGAAAAAGGGCUCACCACCUACCUCGAGAAGAAGCAGUGGUGGAGGAGGACGGGGUAGCAGACCCAAGUCCAAACAGGCCAUUUAUGAAGCACUUGAUGCAGCCUUGAGAGACAUUUAUGAGCACAUUCAAGCAGAGAGAGGCCACAGAAGCUCUAGGCCACCUGAUGACAGUAUUUUGAGACGGAUCCUGGCUGAACUGUUGCCAAGUGUGCCUGAAAGAAGCUCCUCUUUGCGAGGGCGGAGGAGUUGCUGGCAUGGGGGUCACUCCUCUACAUCUGUUUACCCAGAUGGAAGCCCGACUGGGUAUGCUUCACACAGAGGAGAACCAUCCACACCAAGCCUACAGUCACCAAGGUUACAGUCGCCAAUCAGUGCCUGCUAUGGACGACAUUUGGAGACGUCAAACAAUAAUGAAUAUGGGGAAGAGCAAGGCAACGGAAAUGGUCUUUGUUAUUCAGACCAGGAUGUAUCGAGGAGUUAUUCCACCCUGGAUGAUCGACACACACCGCAGAGCAGAAGAGCAACUCCUGACAAAGAGGUCUCCCAUAAACAGAUGACACAACUUAUUCUGUUCUCUCUCCUCUAUCAGAAACAGCCUGCAAGAGCAAUUUAUGAUUUUAAGGCACAAACGGCAAAGGAGUUGACAUUUAAAAAGGGCGAUGCGGUCAACAUCAUCAGGCAAAUAGAUAACAACUGGUACGAAGGCGAGCACAGAGGCCGAGUGGGCAUCUUCCCCAUCGCAUACGUUGAGAAGAUGCCGUCGUCAGAGAAGCAUCAGCCAAUCCGUCCUCCUCCUCCAGCUCAGGUCAGGGAGAUCGGCGACGCUGUGGCACGCUAUAACUUCAAUGCUGACACUAACGUGGAGCUGUCACUAAGAAAGGGGGAGAGAAUUGUAGUCGUCAGGCAGGUGGACCAGAACUGGUAUGAGGGGAAGAUUCCGGGAACAACCAAGCAAGGCAUCUUUCCGGUUUCCUAUGUUGAAAUUGUCAAGCACUCUCCAUCCAAGAGCUCCGCCCAUCAUGUAGACCCGCAUGCUUACAGCCGGACACCAAGCUCCACCCCCAUCAAGUCCUUCUAUCACCUCCCUCCAUCUCUUCCUUCCCCUCAGCCCUCUGUGAGAACGCUCGACCUGCAGGCCAUCACCAGCGAGUGGCUCUCGCUCACACUGGACCCAUCAGCCCCCACCCCCACCCCUUCACUCACAGCCACUCCUUUACCUCCCACACCACCCCCUCUCCCCGCCGACCUCACCCCCCUCCUGACGGCACAGGAGCCGACCUCAGCCUCAGCCGCUGCAUCACAUAAAGGUUUCUCCUUUUCACACCAGCCAUCUUCCAGAAGUCCUGUUUCCUCUGACAGGAGAGCGGGUUUAGGUCACACCCCAGCUGCUCUUUGUCUCUCCCAGCCCUCCCCGCCACUGCCUCCCCCUCUUCCUCCUCCUGUCUCUUCCUCAUUCACCUUCGUGCUGCCGGAUCGUUUAUCGAUGCGCAACGGGAAGCAGCUACAGGUUUCUGAGUCAGACAGUGCUUUCAGCUUUACUAGGCCUCAACCUUUGACCUGCACCAAAUCAGUGACAGGAACAUUUCCCUCACAUCUCCCAGAGCAGCAACCAUCUGCUCCUGCGCACGAAAGCAGCAAACUGCCCGACAUCGAGCUGCACGUUAGAGACCCUUAUGAUGAGCUGCUGUCAGCAGCUCCAGAUGAGUUCAGUGCAGAUGACACUGACAUUUCAAAAGAGCCUUCAGUAGAGUUCAUAUGUGCCAAGUUGAAUGGUGAAUCUAAGAGCAGAUGGUUUCAGAACAAUAUCCAACAACCCAGUCCUCCAGCAGCAGCUGGUGACUCACCUGGCACUGUUCACCUAAAACCGCAAUUUCAUGAACCUUUAAGCAUGAAGCCUCUUUCUGUUUUCAUUGAAGAGCAGCCAGCAUCAGUAAAUGAGGAGCUGGUUGAUCCUCACAGGCCACCUUCAGAACAAGGACACACAUACACAGAGUUAUUCAUAGAGGAAGAAGACGAAGACAUGACAGACAAAGAGGAGAACAUUAGAGAGUUAAAUGAGCGGAUAAGUCCACAGGCUGAAACCUCUUCCUCCUCCUCCUCAUCACAGCUACCUCACUCUGACCGCCUUCCCUUCCUCACUCCAUCCCCCCCAGCAUCCACUUUCCCUCCUUCUGUUAUUCCUGCCUCCUCCAGAUCUUCCCGAUCCCAACAACAUGACUCCUCCUUUUCCCCUGUCCUUCCUCAUUCCCCCCCAUGCCUCCCUCACCUUACAACCUGUGGACUUCCUGCAGUCUCCUGCUGCCCGUCUGUUCCCUCUCCUCCCUCUCACCUUUCGGACCCCUCUGCAGUCGUUCCUGUCUCCCAGACCUCCACUUCUCCCUGUCCACCCAGCCCAGUUACGUCCUGCUCUGUCUCAGAGUCAGUUUUCCCUCCCCCUGCCCCGUUUCCCCCUAAAACUGCCUCUCCUCCUCUCUCUAGUCCCCACUCCCCCAACACUGCCCCCGUUGUAUCGCACGCAGGCCAUAGGUCCCCCAAAGUGAAGGAUCCAGUUGUUGGCGGUAAACCCCCACGUAGCCCCAUCUUGUCCAGGAGGUCCUAUCUGUCGCCAGUUAGAGGUCGAAGGCGGUUGGUACAGGAUGCACUCCAUGGUGGAGGAGACCCGUACCAGGCUCUGUACAACUACAUGCCUCGCAACGAGGACGAGCUGGAGCUGAAGGAGGGAGACGUCGUGGAUGUCAUGGAGAAAUGUGACGACGGCUGGUUUGUUGGGACGUCUCGAAGGAGCAAGCUGUUCGGAACCUUCCCGGGAAACUACGUGAAGCAGCUAUAAUGAUGAUUCCAGACUCCACUGUGGCCCCGCCCCCUUCUGUGACACGUUCAUGGCUGUCAGCAGCACAGCCCCGCCACAGGAUGUCAGCAGAGACCUGAGGCUGCAGCACACUUUGUAGACAGAAUCUUAGCUUCAACUAGCCAUCUUUAAUGAAAGACUUCUACAAGAUAAUGCUGUUUUUUUAAUCUUCUCUUUUUACCCUUAUUUUUCUAUUAUAGACACUCGAAAUUUGUGCUCCUUUAAUGUUUGACGACGGGAGGAAGGGUAUCAAAGGACCGCAGAAACACUUUCCUCUCUAUUUGAGCCGUUUUAAGGGCAGUCAGAGUACCAGGAUCAGCUCUGCAGUUACUGAAAUGUUCAACACUUCAGCAGUUUAUUUCAGUGUUCACUUACAGGAAUCCCUGAGAAAAUGAAGUGCAGAAAGUGUUAAGAAAGCAGUAUUGUGUUAGACUUGUAUUUUGGGGAUUUUAACAAACAUUUCACAUUUACUAUAGUCUGUGCAAAUACCACACUAUCAGGUAUGUAGGGGUUUAGUUUACCGCCAAGGGUCCCAGCAUAAAUCAUAAAACAUUUUCAAGUUGUUGGUUUUUGUUUUGAACAUUUUCCACUUUAGCGUUGAUGCACUUUAACUUUAUCUCCACACAAGCUUGUGUGCUUCCUUUCAUUUUCCCCCUUCAGAUUUAUGACAGCGGCUCCUCAGACUGCAGCACUUCAGGAGGCAGUCGUCUGGAAAAUGUUGGCAGGAAGGUUGUUUACCUUUUUAGGUAUUUAUUAGAAGACGAACUGUUGAUCAGAUUGUGUUAUGAGAUGAUGAACGUGAUAUUGUUUUCUUUUUUUUGUAGAAGACAUUUUUUAACAUCUGAUGUUUAAAGCAUGGUUCUUUCAUUUUCAAGGACCAUUGUGCAGUUGGAUUGUUGAUGCUGGGUGGAAUAUAAUGAAUUAUCACAUUUCUAAUAUGGAUUUUAUUUGAAGAUACAGGAUGAGCUCACAUAUGUGUUACUGUCAGAGUGAGUAGUAGUAUCACUGUUCAUGUGUGCAUAUUAUAUGGAAUAUUUGCUAUUUUCCAUCUUAGCUAAGCUGUCACGCGAAGUGAACACCACUUGUUUGUUUGUCAUUUUUCUUAUUCCUCAUUUAUCAUUUCACAGCAGAUGGACACUGACAUCAAAAACCAUUGUUAAAGCACCUUAAGAUAUGUUAUUCAUCUUCGUCCUUCACGUCACUCCUCCCCAUUCACUUCGCCAGCGGGUGUGAGAACACUUUGUGUUUGUUGUGUUUUUUGUAAGCUUUUUGUAUGAGAGCUGCACUCCAGCCAGCAUCCACAUGCUUUAUAAACUCAGCUGUUUUUCACCCACCA